AUGACGGUACUCGUGUUCGCCAUUACAUUGAUUCGAUUACCCAUGCACAUGGCCAAGACAUUCUACGUCGCUGCCACCACGGAGGAGUGCUACGAACGCUGCCAAUUCUUUGAUCCAUUCCUACGAAUCCUUGUGUUUCUAUUGGUGCCGAUUCCACAUCUUCUGUGGCUCCUGGGAACCACCCUCUUUGCAGCAACUGUGGGAAACCUCUAUUACAUUAGCCGAACGACCCGUACGAUCUUCAAACAUCAAUAUGCCAAAGCAUGUGGAUACGGAACCAAAACAGUAAUGCUCGAUGAAGACUCUCAUAUUGGAGUCUACAUUCAAAGUUGCAGAGAUUUCAUGGCAGACGACGGGCCAUCACUGGGGAUGGUUGAGAUGCUCAAGGCAAUAUGCUCCUUUCUUCCCGGUCUUCCUCUGGGUGCCUUGCCAUUCAUCCCAUUUACAUUGCUAUCCUACUCAUUACACUCUUUCGGCUGCCCAUCAACUUUUUCCAAUCCGUGA